GUGAAACUUUGUUUUGGUCAUUCAAUGAUUAUUAUAUUUCUUACUCUAGGUGUAUAGAUUGACAAUGUCACUGUUUAGUGGGAUGAAGAUCAGUGGAGGGAAGGGAGAGACGAAUAAAGAUGAUUCAAAACCAAGGAAGGAACAGAAAGAAUGCAAUGAACAAUCAAUAUCAGCCUUUGGAUUUAUAAGAGAUACACAACAGAGCUCAUCAGAUUCUGCUUUAUCAAACCCACCUGCAGGAUCAAAGGACAAAGCAAUAUCUCAGACUCUGGUAGAUGAUCCUGAUUCAUGCCAAGAGUUUCAUCCUAGCCAUCCAUCUCCUGAUGUAGUUAAUGAGAUAGAUCUGGACGUGGACUUUGAGCUGGAUCCUCUUACACCAUGUUUUGACCAGAGUAGAGGACGGGCAUCGAAAGGAACAGAUCUUGAAGGAAUCGAUUUCUCCAAAGACGUUGAGGCCCUUCUAGAUGAAUGUAAUAUCAAUGUGAAGUCGGAUGAUCCUGUAUGCAAGGAGGAUACAUUUCAGGAUGAUGCAAGAAGAUUAGACUCAGAUUUAGAGAUAAAACAGGAUCACAGAGACCUUGAUAUGAAAUCAUCAUCAAAUGAAACUCAAGGAAUGAAUGAGAAGGAAUUAGAUACUUAUGAUGACCACAUUAAGUGCAGUGCUAUUCCAGAUGGCUGCCAUGUAUCAGCAGAACAUUCCUCAAGUAGCUUAGAUGCAGUAGGUGCAAAGAACCCUGAUGAAGGAUCAAGUUCCCUUUAUAAUAUUGAAUUGGAUUUACAAGACACAUUAGAGGUUCUUCUUGAAUCCCAUGCAGCAAGUGAACAACAGCUCAGGCUUGAAGAGGAAGCAUUAAGUGAAGAACUUGAUAAUCUGGGAAAGGAGAGACUAUGGACAAUGUACAGCAUGAUCAAGAAACAGAGUAGACUGGAUGAACUACAGGCAUUACAGUCUCAGGCAAUCAAUGAUGAAAAUUAUGAACAGGCUGAAAUUAUGACCAAAGAAUGCAGUUCAUUAGAGAAAGACCUUUGCAGCAUCCCUCAAGUGACUUUAGACAAUGCUGUGGAUGAUAUCUUCAGUUCCAGAAGCACAAUCUAUGAGAAGAAGAAGAGACAGAGAUCAGAGUGGAUUCUAGCUAUCAAAGAUUUACAGAACCAACAAGAAGUUAUCAUCAGCAAAAUGAAAGAGGGGAGAAGAGGAGACCCUGAGGCAAACAAACUCAAACUAGAUAUGCAGAAGACAGAAUUGGAACGUGCUAUGGGCCAUGUUUUAUUGGAUAAGAACCAUGUUGAAAGGAGAGAAGCCCAGCUAUGGAGCAGGAUUGAUGAGAAGACAGCUGAUCUCAGGGAUACCAAGGACAAACUUUCUCUGCAGAAAACCACAGUGCAGGAUGAAAUAGCUGCAUUAGAAGAACAACUAUGUAAGUUGAGAUCAGAAGAAGAGAGAAUAAGCUGUGAGAUUGAUAAACAAGAAGAAGCCAUUGAUGAAGUCAAGGGUGAAUUCUCUGAAGAAAUCUUGAUUAUAGAAGAAGAGAAAAUGAAUGUGCAGGAUCGUGAAGAUAGACUGACUAAGGACAGAAUGGCUCUAGAUGAGAAUGAGAAGAUGCUCAGUGCUGAGAUGAAUGCAUUUGAUGAAGCUCUGGCCAGAGAGGAAGAUCUGAUGUCAAGAAUUGUUUUAUCUGAAAACACAAUCAGUUCAUUGAACCAGGAUAGAGAGAAAGAAGACAAUGGUUUCAGUAUACCCGACUGUUCUUUAGAUCUUGAACCUACUUCUAACAUUACAAGUUUACGAGAGAAAGUAAUGAGUAAUACAGAGGAUAUGCAGGCAACAAGUGCCAAGAUCUUGACUGACAAAGCCAGGCUAGCAACGUUGAAGAAGAAGGUCACUGAUACUGAAGAUCACAUUGUAACACUGCAGGAAGCAAAGCAUUUUGCUGUAUCAAUGAGAAAAUUUGGUGAGGCUAAACAUUUGACAGAAGAGAUUAAGAUCAAGAUGGAUGAAGGUCAUUCGCACCAGACUCAGGUUGAAUCUGUCUCAGAAGAACUUAAGAAUCAACAAACUACACUCAAUAAUCAGCAGGAUCAAGUGGUUAAACUCAAAAUAGAACUUGCCAAGGAAGAAAAAAAAUGGGAGCUUCAGCUUUGUGAGAGAGCCAAGACGAUGAUGGCUACGAUCAGCACAGUUCUUCAGGACACAGAAACCAUGAAGUCUACCUUGUCUACCCGUAAGCUUGAGAUAGAGAAGCAAUCCUGUGCCUUGCUGAUUGGAUGGCUGAGCAGACGACAUGGUCUUCAGGAUAUGCCUGAGGUUUUGGCUGUGUUAGAGGAGUUCAAGGAUAAUGAAGGAAUGGACAUAGGAGAUGAAGUGAAAGAAAGUCACCAACCAAAGACAUUGGCAAGUGCAACUGAAAGCAAAUUCAGUGAAGAACUACAAGAAUUGGAAGAAAAUUUACAGAAAGCAAUAGAGGCAGAAGAUUAUGAUAUGGCUGAGCAUAUACAGGAGAGGAUUGAGAGUCUUCAAAGUCAGCAAACAGAUGCAAGGUGACAGCAGGAUAUUGUUUGAUGGAGGUCUCUGGAAUGAACUAUCAACUUUACACUCUUUCUAUGUCCUUUUAAAGAUAGUAAAUAACAAGAUGUCCUUUAAGCUUAUUAUGAUAAACUGACCAUUUAAUGGACUAUUGAUUAUGCCGUUGGCUUUGCAACAUUCUUGUUAGAAAGGUAAUUAGUUCCCAUUUCAUUAGACAGAGAAUUUAAUUUGAAUACUAAUAUCAACAAGAGCUAUAGCACCAUAUUAUGUGACUGAACCAGCAAGAGUGUAAGCUCAAUGCAAACUAUGGGACCCAAUUGCACCAAAUAUACAUUGCAACAAAAUUACGCCAACCUACAACGUGCUGCAACGGUGGACAACUUUGUUGCAGUAAAAUGACACACCAAAUUAUAGACAUUUGAAAUUUCAAAUCUUUCUGCAGUUUUCUGUGAUUUUGUUAAUUUCAGCCAAUCACAUUUGUCCCAGACGAUGGUGUCAUGGCCAAUUUGCUGCGCUGUUGCAGCGCAGUCGAUAUAUGCACAAAAGAAGAGGGCCAUAAGAUGGGGUGCGCUGCAGAGAAUUGCACUGAUAUGAGAUUGGUAACUUUGUUCCAAUUGGGUCUUAGUGCAAUGACCGCACACUGUGUUUGCUGGGCUUUAUACAUGCACAAAGUAUGGUUUAACGCUGUAGAUACUUCAUAUUGGAUUGUACUUUAUUGGAGUCAAGCCAGGCCUGCCAUUUUUG